AUGUAUAAAACAAAGUUCUAUACAUGGGAUGAACCUUAUUUGUUCAAACAAGGUGUUGAUCGGAUGAUAAGGAGAUGUGUGCCUAAAUCUGAGGUCCAACUGGUUUUACAAAGUUGCCAUUCAUCUGCAUACGGUGGAUAUCAUUGGGGAGAACGUACGGUUCAUAAGGUAUUGCAGUAUGGUUUCUUUUGGCCUACUUUAUUUAAAGAUGCUGCAGGUUUUUUCAAAAUCUAUGAUAAAUACCAAAUGAUGGGCACCAUAUCAAGAAGACAUGAGAUGCCAUUGAAUAACAUCCUGGAGAUAGAAAUCUUUGAUGUGUGUAGAAUAGAUUUCAUGGUUCGCUUCCCACAUUCAUAUGGAAAUCAAUACAUACUGGUGGUGGUGGAUUAUGCUUGUAAAUGGGUUGAGGCCAUUGCUUUGCCAACCAAUGACUCUAAAGUGAGUGAGAAGGAUCAUGCUAAUCAUUUGAUAAUUGUGUUGCAAGUCCUCAAGGACUAUCAAUUGUUUGCUAAGUUUAGCAAGUGCGAAUUUUGGUUAAGAUCGAUUGCUUUUCUAGGUCAUAUAUCUGCAGUGAAGAAAUGCAUUGGUGAUACUAAGUUUAUUGUUCCAUUGGAGAGUGUGGGUGUCAAGGAGAGUUUAUCCUACAAGGAGGUUCUGAUGGAGAUUCUAGAUCGGCAAGUGAGAAAGUUAAGAAAUAAGGAAGUUGCAUCUGUUAAUGUGCUAUGGAGGAACUAA